AUGGUCAGAUUCUCAAAGCAAGCGGACGAAAUCCGCAUUCUCACGGCUAAUGCCAUGUUGGGAUACGGAUACAAGUCCGAUCACUUCUGGUUCGGGAUUCAUGAGUACCGCCCUGAUGCUAUUGUUAUCGACUCUGGCAGCACGGAUGGCGGGCCAUUCAAAUUGGGCAUGGGCCGAAAGACAGUUGCCGAUGAAUCAUACAUCCGCGACCUAACGCCAUACAUCACAGCCUGUGCCCACUAUGGCAUGAAGCUCCUCAUUAGCAGUGCCGGUGGUGACGGCAGCGACAAGCACGUUGCUGAAAUUCUCACCAUCGUCAACAAGAUUAUUGAGGACAACGGCUUCAAGUUCAAAGUUGCCACAAUUGGUGCCGCGGUUCCGAAGGGCCUUAUUCGGCAGAAGCUCAAAGACGGAAAAAUCAGCCCCUGUGGUCCUGUUCCCCCUCUCACCCCCGAGGAUAUUGACUCGGCCGUUGAUGUCGUCGCCCAGAUGGGACCUGAGCCGUUCAUCAAAGCUCUCGAAGAGGAGAAGCCAGACAUCAUUGUAGCAGGCCGCGCAUACGACCCUUCGCCAUUCGCGGCGUUCUGCAUGAACCUCGGUGUUGAGCGAGCCCCUGCGUUCCAUCUGGGGAAGAUUCUCGAGUGCGGCGGCCAGUGUGCUGUUCCUAAAGGUCGCUCGAUGAUUGCUACGAUUCGGAAAGAUUCUUUUGACCUUACGCCCUUGAACCCUAUUGAGAGAUGCACCCCACUCUCAGUAGCAGCACACUCACUCUAUGAAAAGACAAGGCCAGACCAGCUUCCUGGCCCGGGAGGAGUGCUUCAUCUUGAUCAAGCACAGUACAAAGUGCUAGACGAUGGUCGAACGACCCGCUGCUGGGGAUCCCGCUUCGUUCCAACUCCGGCUUAUCAAAUCAAGCUUGAGGGUGUGUCCCUUGUAGGGCAUCGGGCGAUAUUUAUUGGUGGCUUCCGAGACCCCAUACUCGUCUCCCAGCUAGACGACUUCCUCGAGAACCGGGUGCGAAACUACACCCGAGGACUGUUCCCAGAGCUCGAUAAAUCCGACAACUGUCGCCUAAUCUUCCACGUUUAUGGUCGGAAUGCCAUCAUGGGACCUUUGGAGCCGAACUCUGAGCCUGCUCACGAAGUCGGCGUGCUCGGGGAAGUCGUCGCCCCUACAGCAGCGAAGGCCAUGGCUAUUUGCAACAGUGCCCGAGUCUCCUGCCUUCAUCUCUACUACCCUGGCAUUCUUGCGACUACCGGAAAUUUCGCAAGCCCGCUGAGUCCACAUGAGCAAGACGCAGGCGCCGUUUUCAAAUUCAGUCUGUAUCACUUGAUGGAGAUCGACGACCCGACUGACCCAACCAUCUUUCCGAUCAAAUCAUCUACGGCCGGCGCAGGCACGUUUGUGAAGGACGAAAACUUUGGCAAGCAGUUCUUCAACCUCGACAACUUUCUGAACAUCUCCCCGGAAGAGAUCAAGACCAAAUCCGUUCCGACCGGUCCUGCCACAAUGAGAGACGUGGCAAGCGUUGUGCGGUCCAAGAACAGCGGGCCUUUUGAGUUGACGUUUGACAUUAUGUUUGACGAUGAAAAGCACUAUCAGCGUGUCAAGAGGGCCAAUGUUCUCACUAACGAGACCAUCAAGAAGUUAUAUCAAAUACGGGAUGAAGACAUUGUUAUCAACAUGUAUUUCGAUCCGGCGCUGGCAUGGAAGUUGUAG